CUAAAAAUACGUCUCGAAAACAUUUUCGGCGCACCGUGCAUCCUUUCGUUCACAGUUACUACUUCGAGAUCAAUCGAAAAGCCAGUCUUUGGAACAGAUCGACACGACGUAAAGGCAGAGUUAUUGUCUAGAAGAAAAACUAUGGGUUGGUAUCAUUCCAUGAUUGCCGAAGGCCACAAAGCCUACGGCAACGACACGGGUGCGGCUUGUUCUAUUGAAGGCGUCUGUCCAUCCGCGUCACUACCCGUCGAUAACCAAGCUACGGUGGUUUAUCAUAUGGCUCAAAAAUCCUUAUGGGAUGCUGCGCGGAAGCAAGGCAAGGUGUACUAUCCACCAACGUUCGAAGAGUCGGGGCGAAUAACCCGAGCUUCGGUCAACCCUGACGCUCUGCUGAAAAUCGCCAAUAUCGCCUAUCAAAAGGAGAAAGGAGAAUGGGUUUGCUUGGCCCUAGACCCCAAAGCACUUGCAAAGGAAGGCAUCGUCACAAGAAUUGAAGAAUGCGAUGAGAAAGGUGGGAUCGGUGAGAGUUGUCGUCAAUUGCAUGGAGGUAUUCCAACCAGUACCCUGGGCAAUAUUAUGAAAAGAGUGUACAAUAUGGAACGCAGCAAGGAAGGCUCUUUUAUUUCUAUUCCUGGUUUGAUCGAUGACAAAGAAGCAUCUGAUGUAGCGAGGCGGAUGGAAAUUCUAAGGCGGUUUGUGUAG